AUGACCGACAUGACCUCUGAAGCCGUGGAGAAUGUCAAGUAAGUAAACGAAAGGCCCAGGUUGCCGUAGUUACAAAAACUCGUAAGAGAAUUCCUAAAAGCGUGACCCGAACGGAAGCCCUCAGGUUAUUUAUAUAUUUACGGCAAUAUGUUUAAUGUAAAUUGUUACAGUUUUAUUGUAAUAGGUGCUUUGAGAAGUUUUGGAGUAAAAUCAGGAUUUGUAGUGGUUACUGUAAUAUGGGGUUUUUGGAAAGUAAGUUACCUUUGAAGAAUAAUAUUUUUUGUUAUUCAUGGUCAAGCUUUAUUUGUCACAUUUCACAACCUGGGAAGGCAAAACAAUGUUGUAAUACUUUCUAGGUAUAAGCUAACUGUUCAUUAUUUAAAAAAUAUAAAUUUUUAACUUGUACACGAGUUGAAGUGUCUAAAUUUUAAGAACAAACGUUCAAUAUUGCUCUAUACUAAUAAUAUUUGUUAUAGUGAGCCCGUCAGCCCGAGUUCAGGCGAGUUUUCUGAAACCAAGACAAAAGAAGUUAACGUUACUUCGGUUCGGAGCAUUUUGGCCCAAUCCGCUGAGAAUCAUUGGAAUGCGCGAUUGACGAUCGCCGAUGAAUGCGUGUCGUUCUUGGACGAAAUGGAGGCCCGGGCCAAGAAGACUAGCACUCUAACACCGUCUGCUCAGCUGGCCGAGGUUUCACGGGCCGUUUAUCAAGUAAGGAGUUAAUCUUGGAUUGUAUUAAAAUUUUUGUCGUAGCGUAGUUAAUAGCCUAUAACAAUAUGAAGGGUAAAUGAUUUUAAGUUGGUCGCAACUCGUGACAAUUACAAUAACCAUAGCAUAAUACAACAUAAAACCUAUAAUUUUAUAGAAUGAGUUUUAGAACACAUGGUAAGGCUAUAAAUACUGUUAUAUAAUACUAAUUACCAAUAACUGUUUCUUUUAAUCUGUCCAAUAACUUGAUAAUGGACUUCUAGGUAUCAUUUGGUCAAAAACAGUGUAUGUUUUUGGUGGUAACAGAAUACAAAAUUUGUUUAUUGCAAAAUUUAGUCAAUGAGUUAGUCACUUCCAAGUUUCCAUAACAAUUUAGCGAAGUAUUCGAAUAUUAGAUUACCCACAUUAAUAUAGUCUGUUCUAUCGAAUUAUAAGCAAAAAACUGUUAAAACGAGAAAUUUUGAAUUAAAAAAACUUGAACUGAUUUAAGAUUUGAAAUUUUAAAAAUAUUUCGAGCCUGCUUACUUUUAACAAAAACUUACUGUUUAUGUAAAGUAAUAUUACUCGUGUAUAGCUUUACACUUUACUCUUACGCCCAGUAAAGCAACACAUAAAAUCCGUAAAAAGAGUAGAAGCAUCUAUUGUGUACAAUCAAAGUAAAAGUAAAGUAACAAGUGGGCCCUGAGGGACCGGACAAAGGUCGGCACUCGCACAUCCUGGAGACCGCCACUUGCCGACCGACCCUCACAGGUGACCGACCGCUUAAUGUCCUAAUUUAGGGUCUAAAUUUCAUGGCCAAGCUUGUGACUUUAUUGCGCGUGCUUUAUUUGUUUUGUUUCAUUUUAAGGCAGGGUUAUGUUGGUUUACAGUGAUGGAAAUUUUAAAUAUUUUUCAGUUUAUAUGAGAAUAUUAUAUUUAUUGUAAAAUAUUUUUACAAAUUUUUAAGGAUUCUCCGCGUAUUCAAGUCAUGUGUGAAAGGUGUAAAACCGAAACAUAUUGACGCAUAUUUAACGCGAUUGUAUGUUUUCUUAGCAACAGACGAUUAAUUGGACAUGAAUAAUAUGUCUGCAUCAAAGUAUAACACAUAGUAAUACAAAAAACUUUUUUUUUGUUUUGAGAGUACUUUCUCUUAUUUGCUUUUUAUAUAUAAAAGACAAUUUUUGAGAUAUAAGUUUUCUUUUUAGCAAAAAGAAACUUGUUUUAAGCUUAAGUAUAACAUGUUUUACAAUUAGUAGUUUAACACACUUUUUAUUGCAGUACUUUGUUCGUGCUGGACUCCACGCAGCUGCCCGAGAGCUGGUGAACGAAUGCGAGAAGAAGCGGAUUCAACUCAAGAUACCACCACGUCAUGUUCUCAGAGGGAACGACAUUGAGGAAGUCAAGGUGAGUGUUUAAAACGUAAAUUGACAAGUGAGGCUUAUUGAAUGGUGUUGUAUGUCGCAUUUCUUACUAACUCUUAUUAAAGUACUAAAAUAUUAAAACUUAAACUUAACAAUCAUGGCACUACCAUGAAAUUUACGGUUUUGUAAUCGAAAAAUAGUUGUAUAACGUGUCAUUUUUAUAUUUCAUAGUAAACACAACGUCAUGGUAGUGUUAUAUUAUAAUAACAUACGUCGUGGUGAUGUAACUUUAUAAUCAUAAAUAUGUAAGAAUUGAAAACCUUUAAAAUUUUGUAAAAGACCUAUAACAUAAGACUGAAAAAAUAACUUUGAACAUGACAGAACGACAUUUAUUAAAGGUACGUUAUAUAUACAUGCAAAACAUUAACAACGUCUGUGAAUAUGUUCGUAUAACGUCUGGUAAACAAACACGAGUUGAUUAGCACGUGUACGGGGUGCUCAUUUGGGGCUUUUUCCGAAAGUCGAAGCGAAAAAAAGUGUUUUAUGUAGGUAUUCCAGCGUAAUAUGCUAAAAAGUAUCAUGCACUUGCGCUGGAAGUAAACUUUUUAUUUUUGUAACUAAUAGGUUAUGUAGAAUUUGUUUUUCUAUUAUAUCAUAUAAAUCAUUGUAGAAACAAUUACACUUGGCAUUCGAGCGUGGAGAGUCGAGCAAGUUCUUUAAGGGUUGGAAGGAGCUCCAUCCCUCCGAAGGCCCUCAGAUAACCGAAGAGAUCCGAGUGUUGGAGUUCCGACUUCACGUGUAUUUUGCCACUUAUCCAUUGCGACGAACCCCUCAGGACAAAGCUGAUUACAAAGAACGGAUUCAGGAGCUGAAAGAGUAUUUGGAGUUGGGAAAAGGUACUCAAUUGAGUGGGAACGCCGAACUGGUACAGUAUUUUGCACUGCCCUACGCUAACGAUCCGAACAAGCAUCCCGUUUUCAAAGAAUUGCUACAGGUAUUGUUAUGGCUUUAUCUUCAACUAUUCGGAAUUUCGUAACAUUACGUAAGAAAGUUGAUAUAAUAGAAGUUUACGUGUUAACAAUUGUGAUUCUAAAAGUAAAAAAAUAUUGGUUUAAGGACCUCCAGUCAUAUUAUAUUUUAUCAGAAUGUAAGUUUAGAAGCAGUGGGCUAAAAAUUUGUACGAAGACUUGGCCAGAAUUCUAAACAACUACGGUAGACUAGCUGAAAUUGAAGCUGAAGAGGAGCCGAAGAUUGUAGCUUGGUUGGUAAGUUUUGGAUGUGUAAUAGUUAAAAGAUAGUAUUUGAAAAAGCAAUUAAAAAAUUUUUUAAAUAUUUGCAGAAAGCUUACGAACGACAACAAGACCCUCAACCGACUAGUCGAGAGAACUUGAAGGAUUACCGUGAGCUGCAGGACGACUUCUACAAGGUUAUUGAGAUUGCUAGCGAGCUGGUUGACGUUUUGGACAAAACAAAAUUGGGACAGCCGGUAGUUUUUCAAAAUUUGGAAAUAUCGAUUAGGCUGAAUAUAAAAAAAUGUUUUCCAUCUCUAGUCUAGUUUUGUAUAAUACGAUUAUUCCAACUUAGGCUUGAUUAUGAGGUAUUACAAAAAUUUUUAAAUUUAUGUUAUUGAAUGUAUUUUUAUUUUAAUUAUAGGUAUCAGAGAUUCACGUCAAAGAUAUUUCCACAAGACUCAUCGACUACACUCAAGAAGCCGAAAAGCGAAUGCAAAAGUGUUCAAUGGCGGCCAAGAAGAUCAGUCACGGCCAGUUACGGCGAAACAAGUCUCUGAACACACGGUAAGCUUUGUGUAUCUUGUUCUACUCUUUUCAGAGUAUAAUACAUAAAAAGGAUAAUUUUAAUCUACUAUAAGAUCUGUGAAAUCAAGGAUUUAAAAAGUCAGUGAGUGAUUUGUAUACAAUUUACAAUGAACACAUAUAUUAUACAAUCAAUACAUAUAUUGCACAACUACAAUAAAUACGUUUUAUAGAACCGAUGGCACAAAGAAAAAGCUAACAGGAUCAGAAGAGAACUUAGCCAAGAAAGGAGAUUCUAACCAGAAUUCUCAUCCAGCUGAUCCGUCAAACACCUCCCACACCGUAUACCCUCGCAUCCCCAUUGCCGAGCUUCAGUUUACUCGAAUUUCGAAUCAGUUAAUCAAAUACCCGAGUUCCAGAAGCAGCGCUUUGCUUCUACAAGCAUUGCGACAACAGAUCACUAGGGCACCAUCACUGGAUGACUCUAAUGUGGUGCUAUUGCUGUUUGCUGGAAAAGACUUUUUGAGUUUGAGGAAUAGGAAGAAUGUAAGGUUGUUUGGUAUAUUAAAUAUGUUUUAUUUAAGAAUUUGGCACGUUGCUUUUAACUGAUUGCAGAGUGCAAGCUUGGUUUAAUUUUGUAUGAGUAAAAGAAAGAAAGAGGUUAAAAACAGAAUAGUAACACCUUUAAAACCUUUUCAGAGUAUCGUCGCGACGAUCUGUUCUCAAUCAGAAAUGAGUAUGGAAACCAAAGAAGAGUUGGGACGUCUUCUGAAUGCACUGGCAUCGUUUAGAAACGGCCGAAACUACUUGUUGUCGAUUGCUCAAGGCAAGGAACUAUUAUUUCAAAUGGCAUUGGCUUUACGUACGAAGAAAUUAAUGGGUAACGCUGCCGACCAUACCUUGGCUUGUUUACAGAAGUUGAGCAUACGGUAGGUUACGGUAACGUGUAUUGAUGUGAAAUUAGUUGGUAGUAUGACUGAUUUUACUGAUAAGAGCUUGCUAAAAGUAUCAAAAGUUAGGUUUGAAGGAAGGAUUACUAAUGUUAAGGUUUAUGAAUAUUGUUGUAGAGCUGUCGUACAAAAGGAGCUGAUAAUGAGUGGUAUGAUCGAAUGGCUGAUAUCGUAUCUUGAUCAACAACCUGGAAACUUUGCACUUGAAUUUGGCACGGCUUUGUUAACAAAUCUGUGUUUAAAUGCUGUUAGUCAGUCUACGGUACUACGAUUAAAAGAUCAGCUGCUGGCAUUGAUGCUCAAACUUCUAAAGCAUCCUAAUAUACAGGUAUGUAAAACUGGUACCUCUUUAUACAAAAGGUUUAAACAGUAGUUUAUCUUAUUCUUUUUUCGGAUUCUAUAUUCUAAAGUUUACAAAGGCAUUUUUGAUAGCAUUUGAAUAUUUUUUUUUAAAUUUACGUUUAGAUAGCACCAUACCUAAAUGGCACUUUGUACUGUAUAUUUGGGUUUGCCAAAAUUCGAUCGACGGCCAAAGAGAUGGCUUUUGAACAAAUCUUGACUAACAAGUUGAACAAGUGCGAAGGGAAAGAGAACGAGCUGCAACUUCCUAUAGUCAUCAAGGUGCUCAAAGGCGGUAUGUUUGUAAAGUUACAUUACUUUAAGUUUUUAAAAGGUGUUGUGGUUAUUUUUGAAGAUGUAGCAGAGUGUAAAUGUGUUGUGUGUGCUUUUUUGUAGUUAUCUUUUAAACACUACAGUAUACAUUAACAAAAUUAAAAAUUAGAGUGCAGAUUUGGCUUUGACGUAACUUUCUACAAUAUAGCUUACGUUGUAAAGUAAGUGAUGGUUGUAUAUUAAGUAGGUAUAGUACUAUCAUAAGCGCAUUUCAAAUUGUGAGGUGAUUAAAACUUUUACUUAUCAUUCUGGGUAUUGGCCUUGUAUUUUAUUAUAGAUAUUAUAGUGAUCAUAGUAAUAUUUUAUAUAUACUCAUCUCUGUUUAAAACGUUAUUCUGAGUAUUGUAAACAAAAUACUCACUCCGAAUUGAACCCAUACAUUUCUUAUACUACUUCUCUUUAUACUACUUUACAUGUCUCUCGAAACAGUUACACCCACUUGGCUGCAAACGUGGCUUGCCAAAUUAUGGCUCACUUAUGGCCGGCGGUAGGUCGAGUUGUGUUAUUGUGGUAUUACAACGUGUUUACAUGCCCCGUUCGGCGGGGCGAACGACUCGUCGUCCGACCGUUCGUGGUGGGGGGAAACGGCGAGAGGAACGUUCGGGGCGGAAAACGAGCAGCAAGUGGGGGCUGUGCAUGAGACGCCCAGAGGCGCACACCGCCCCGGCGACAAACACGGGCGAACUUGGGGCUUGUCGGCAGCCCAGAUUCCAGCUAAAGACCUGUUUGUCCCCGGCGGGCGUUGUUUGUUCCCCUAGCUUCCCCCUGAAGCAGAUUUCCGUGCUUGCCUUCUCGAGAAGGCCUCGGCGUGCCCAGUUGUAAAGCCGGCUUCGCACCGUCAUGUUUUACAUUGCGGAAUGGAUUGUAGGAUAGGUUGUAAGAUGGUUUAUGUUACUGUUGGCAUCUUGAACUGCGGUAUUCUUCUUGACGUCAGUCUUUAUUUAUGGUGAAAAGAGUAAUUUUAGUCAUUUUUCUAACGUUUAACUUCUGUCUUUGCAUCUUUGUCAUCUUUUUUGCUUUCUUUAUUGUCCUUUGUCACAAAAUUUUAAACUUGUUCAAAUUUGAUCUAUUAAACUCCAUAGUCUUGUUCUGAAUCCUUUUCCCCAAAUUCAGUUUUGUCAACAAUUUCCCCCCCCUCCUAUAAAGGUUUGUUUUGCUCUCGUCGUUCCGUCGUCCUUCGGCGCCGUUUUGUGGCGGAUCCGACGUGUUUCGUCGCGGUGAGUUGUAGGCCAGGUGACCUUGUUCUUCUUUCCACAACCUCACAUUCCUUCAGAAACUAUAAACUCGGUCGUUGCAACUGUAAACGCAGAUUCUUGUUGAUAUAAAGGUUGAGUUUUUGGAUUUUAGAGAUGAUUUGGGUCGAUUCUAAUGCCAACUUUUUAAACUUAUUAUGAAGGUGAGUUAACAAUUCAUGGUUUUUCGACUGAUCUGUGAGUAAAAAAUGUGGUGAUAACAAGUCUUUAAAGAUAACAAACAUUGCGGUUUGAAUUGUUUCAAAAAAACGCUGUUUCGUACUACCCUGUAGCGCCUUUUACCAUCGUUUUUAUGACCGUUCGACCAUGACGUAACGGUAAACAUCCUUUUUGUCAUUCCUUAUCACUACCCUGUCAUGCAUUACUAGCUCAAUCUUUGCUUCCUGACUUGAAUACUUAUUUUAUGAAUUUUAACUAGGAUUCUUGUUUCUCAAUUUGAAUUGUCGCUUAUAAAUUUAGAUUUAAGAGGUUGAAGCUGUUUAAUCUUUUAACAUUGCUUGUUCUAAACUACACUAACAUCGGCUUAUUCCUUCUCAGCACGAUGAAUUUCUUCCUCAACCAAAAGUAUUACAAUUCAAAGCAAAAAGUCAAGUUUAAAACUGUGUGCAAUUAGAGUAAUGACAUCCACUCCACUUUGUAUACGAAUUAAUAAAGUCGCGAUGAAGUUUAUUAAGCCCUCCACCGUGCUUUCCUCACCUUUCUGCCUUAGGCGGCGUGGGGGAAUGAGUGUGAGGUGUGUCCCCAGUUCUUUUUUUCCCAUUUUUUUGAAACAUACAGGCCGGACUUGACCGCCGGAACGCACAGCCUCAAGACCAAAGAGUGCGGGGGGGAGGGAGGCAGCCAGGGGUUGUGUCUCCCUUCCUUCGCGACAAGGUGCAAGAGACGUUUUUCUACUUUUUUUCCAUCUCCUCCGUGUUUCAACGUUUUUUUGCGGGGUCUUUACUGCGUUUUGUUUCGGCGUUUCGAAUUUCAGUGCGGUCUAAUGCCCUCAGGGGCUGAGAUCUUAUUAGAAUUGGAUGGGGUUUAGGGAGUUGGCAGCCUGUAGCUACUGUAGGGUUUCGUCUAGGUAUUGUAAGCGUUUUUGGGCCGCUGUUCGGAAUGAUUUUAUGAUAUAUUGAGAAGAAAGCGUAGAUAGAAAAGAACGCGUGCUUAGACAACAAUAUAUAGAAGAGCAGACGUAGAGAGAAGAAAAGGUAUAGACAAGGAAGUUGCAAACAACCAAAAUAACAACUGCAACCCUCUUAUAGGACAUGCAAUGCGGUAACGGGUAGUUAAAGGUGCAGGCAAGUCUAAUUGGAAUGUUGGGGAAUCCCGAAAGUUGAUGGUGUCAGGCGGAGACGGUUACCAAGGAGUUGUUCGAUUACACAAUAAAAAGAACGGGAUACUGGUAUCUGCCGGGUGUACUGUACAAGAAAGUUUGGAUUGUUUACCGUCUUUUGAUUACGCACGCACAUACGAAGCCAUAAUUACUACGCUGCUUCACUUGAAUUCGGUUUUGUAGGCGUAAUGGGGUGUAGUUAUAUAUAGGCUUCUAGGGGGCAGAUUGGUGGAGUUACAGACACAAUAAACUGGUUGAGUUGCUAUAUGUUAGUUGUCUCUCUGCUAAAUCCUGAUCUAGCUUAAUACUCAAUAGUACUAAAACAAAUUCACUUUUUAGUCAUAAAGUUGUCAUGUCUUCCCCAAAAUCAAUUUAAAAACAACCAUCUCUUCUCUAAGUCCAACAUAUAAACCAUUACACUAAACUCGAUUGUAACAUCCUCUUCGGUGCUUCCGUACCGUAGCCGAUGUUGUCCGACCUACAUGUGUCGCCCCGUUUUUGGGUGCGAUAUUGUUACGCAAGACACGAAUUUGUGUAAAUAACGAGGGGGAGAAUCUAGAUCCGAAUUACUCCAUUAUACUAAAUUGUUUGCGCUCUGAUUUUUCGCUUCGAAUUCUGUUCCCUGAGACUAUAACUGUGACAGAUUACACCAGAUGUAGAUCCACGAUUUACGGAUCACAGCUUGUAUUCUCAGGGCCCAGAAGCUACGAGGUGGUUGUUGAUGAAGGUAAUGUUUGGGGGUUCGUUUAAAGAAUGUUGUAAAAUUUUUAAGUUUGUUGUUUUUACAGUAUCUGGGGCCAAAUUAUUUUUUUAAAUCUUAGCUUACAUUCAAUAUGAUGUUGUAGUUUUCAUUGUUACAACUACACUUGUGUUUGUAACGUUAUUCAUUGUAAGUUUUAUUUUUAGUUUUGAUAUACAAUUUUGUAGGGUUUACAUUGUUUUGUAAGUAACAUUCACACCUUUUGUUGUAAAAUGUUGAUUCAUGGCGUAGUGUGAAGAGGUUUCUUAAAGAUAGCCAUGAAUACCUUUUGAAAACUAGCCAUUUCUCUAUUUUUACCUUAUUAAUAACCCACUUACUUUAGAACAAGAAUCAGAACGGCCUAAAAAGUUGUCCGAAGACGAGGAUGAAGAAGAAGAUUACCUCGAGGCCGAGAUCGAGAGCAGCGACUCCCUCGUCCCCAACAUGACCGAGCAGUUCGGAGAGACCCUCCUCCAGAAACGCUACAUGGGAACGCUACAUCCUACCGCGGCGGCUACACCCGACGAGAACGACGUGAUCGCCACCGUUCCGGGCACGGUACCGCACAAUAAAAACGCCAAACCGCCGAUUCACAAAGGAAAACGGCAGGGUAAAAAGCUUGCCAAACUACCCUCCAACGAUCCUACCUCACCCAUAAAUGAAGACAGAAUCAUGACCACGAUGUCGCAGGCGACUUACGUGUUAGAGAACGACAAGAGAAAGCCGUUGUUGGUGAAUUGUGGUCUAAGGCAUGUUGUCAGCCUGAUGAAUCAAAACAAAACCGUCAUCUUACAGGCUCCUACUAAACGGUCCAAGAGGUAGUGUAUUACGAAGCUAGGUAUAAAUAGGGAGUUCUUUUUACAGCGAAUUUUAAAACUAAACAGACAAGGGUACUCCACAAAAUUCGUACCUUACAAAAAAAAUAGAAAAUUCUUACUUCUACUAAAACAAUAAAAAUCGUUUUAUAACUCAGAAAACAUAGGAUAACUUUGUAAUAACUAAUUGUAUAAAACAUAGUAAACAACAGAUAAACAGACUAAUUGUAAGCAAAGAAUGUUUCCAUUAACAACCUUGCCUCCUUACUUGGUUAUUACGUGCACUUAUUUCAGUGUAAACCCUAAUGAACAAGAGAAGAAGAGUCACAAAGCCAAUGGAAUCGCUGAUGAAAAGGUCAAGAAGCACAAGAGUGAAGCCUCGUUAGAUAACAAAGAAACCGAGAACUCGCAGACCAACGAAGACGUCGCCAAACACGUCUCGGCUUCAGUGCUCAGCAAACUGGAAGCGGCACCUAUAAACGGCCCGCUACAGACGCGGAUACCUGACGAUGUUAAGUAAGCACAACUAAAUCUUAACCUUAUAUAAAGAAACAUAAAAAUGUAUUUGAAUAAAAUUUAAAUUAACAUAAAAAACACCUUUUCAGUGUGAACGAAUACACAGCGGCCUUCGGUUCUAGACCCAAAGUAAUGCGGACACCCGACCAACAAAACUUGAACAACAAAAAGACGGACUUAUUCAUUUAUUGA